ACUAUCAUCAUCUUGAAUUCAGAUGUAAAGCUAUGUGUUAACCAUGGAGGGGCGCUAUCGCUUAUCUGGAGCGUGAGGUGGGAUGCUGACCAACGAUGGCAGCAAGGAGGAGGGGCCGAGGGGCACCUACCAUUACAAGGCUUGGAGAUACCGUGAUGCCUACUUUACUUAGCGCACUUUUUGACAUAUACCACAAUACAAAUGGGGCAACCGAACCCGUGAUUAGAAGUUCUUACAAUAUCAUGUUCUUGACAUGUUGGUAGUUGGUGAGAUUGUGGCACCAAGGGUGUGUUACAACAACAAAUUCGCAAGUCUUUUGAAUAUAUAGGUUUGAUAUUGGUAUGUUUUAGUUGAAACAAUUCAGAUGUAAAAACCAGAUUAAACAACACACAAUUGUAUGAUUGAUUGUUUCUGCUUCACAAUGGAUUUCAGGAGCCAAGACGAAAUCGAGGACUUGUCGACUUCAUCCCCUGCGCCAAUCGGCAGCAACGGGUUUGUUCGUAGCUUUGAUUUGAAUGCCCCGACUUACCAUAUAAACUCUCAGAUUGAUAUACCAGAUGAUCACUUGAAAGACCGUCCACUCCCCAUUUUCCUCAAGUUUGAAGAUAUAGAGUUUAAGGUGAAAAUGAGCAAAGCAACACCUGGGAAUCCGGUUAAAGCGGUUAUGUCAAAGGUGGUUUCCCAACCAAAAACUGAACAAGACAACUAUAAGCAGAUUUUGAAGGGCAUAACUGGAAGCAUUGGCCCGGGUGAGAUCCUUGCGUUGAUGGGUCCUUCCGGUAGUGGUAAAACAACACUAUUGAAAGUCAUUGGGGGACGAUUACGAGACAAUAUUAAAGGAACCAUCACGUAUAAUGAUGUUCCAUAUAGUCCAGCUCUUAAAAGAAGGAUUGGAUUUGUUACACAAGAUGAUGUGCUCUACCCACAAUUGACAGUUGAGGAGACUUUGAUUUUUGCUGCAUUUUUAAGGCUUCCGGGCAGCAUGAGUCGAACACAGAAAUAUGAAAGAGUUGAGGUCAUUAUAAAGGAAUUAGGUCUUGAAAGAUGCCGAAAAACACGAGUAGGAGGAGGAUUCAUUGGUGGGAUAUCCGGGGGCGAAAGAAAAAGAACCAGCAUUGGAUAUGAGAUUCUGGUUGAUCCUUCGUUGUUGCUGCUUGAUGAACCAACUUCAGGCCUUGAUUCAACAUCAGCAAACAAACUUAUUGAGAUUCUAAGAGAAAAUGCUAAGGCCGGGAGGACAAUUAUCACAACAAUCCACCAACCGUCAAGUAAAGUGUUUCAUAUGUUUGACAAGAUCUUACUGAUAUCCGAAGGCCACCCCGUGUACUAUGGAAAGGCAAGGGAAUCAAUGAGCUAUUUUACUUCUCUGAGGUUCAUCCCUGAUAUAGCCAUGAACCCCGCAGAGUUCUUGCUAGAUUUAGCCACAGGUCAAGUAAACGACAUUUCUGCCCCUGAUGAUAUCGUGACUCCUAAAGGCACUUGUGAAUAUGAAAGGGCUGUCAUCAAGUAUGUUCAACAUAAGUAUAAGAUCGAACUUGAUAGCAAAGAAAAAGAAGCAAAUCAUCAAAUGGGAAAUGCCCCGGAACAUCUUCGGUUAGCAAUUCAAGUGAAAAAGGAUUGGACAAUAAGUUGGUGGGAUCAGUUUUUAAUAUUGUUUAAGAGAACUUACAGAGAAAGGUGGAGAGAUUACUUUGAUAUCCUAAGAAUCAUUCAGUCUCUUGGAGUUGCACUCUUGUUAGGCCUUUUAUGGUGGAAAUCAAGCUACGCUACCGAGGCUCACCUUAGAGAUCAGAUCGGCUUGUUAUUCUACGUUUGUAUCUUCUGGACGUCUUCAUCAAUAUUUGGAGCCGUAUACGUAUUCCCGUUUGAGAAGUUUAUGCUUGUAAAAGAAAGAAAAGCUGAUAUGUAUAGGCUGAGUGCCUACUACGUGUGCAGCACGUUGUGCGACAUGAUUGCGCACGUUACAUACCCAACUGUUUUCAUGUCCAUUUUAUAUUUCAUGGUGGGGUUCAAGAAAAGCGUACAGUGCUUCUUCAUGACAAUGUCUGUGAUCUUAUUAAUAGCCAUAACCAGCCAAGGUGCUGGUGAAAUGUUUGGUGCUGCAGUGAUGAGCAUUAGAAGGGCUGGCAUGGUUGCUUCUUUAAUACUAAUGAUGUUUCUUCUUACUGGAGGCUACUAUGUUCAGAAUAUACCAAAAUUCAUGCAGUGGUUAAAGUAUUUAUCCUUCAUGUACCACGGCUUUAGGCUGCUUCUAAAAGUACAGUACUCGGGUGAUGAGUUAUACGAGUGUGAAAGCAUAGGAGGAUGCAGACCGUUGCAGAGUUCGCCAUCAUUCGACACUGUAAAUUUAAAAGGAGGGUGGAAAGAGGUCUGGAUGCUGCUAGGAAUGGGUCUGGGGUAUCGUUUGUUGGCUUACAUUUGCCUUCGUAGAAAGAUUAGCCAAUGCAAUAUUUGAUUCGUAUAUUAUGAUAUAACCUUUUAUUCAAAGUUAUCGUUGUGUUGUGUUG